AUGUUCAAGCUGGUGCUCGUGUGGACUUUGAUCCUCCUGCUUGCGUGGCCUGGCACUUCAGCUCAGGGCAUUAAGAUCGGCGUGAGUCUAUCCUUCCAAGGCGACGACGCCGAGUGGUCCGUCGCAGUGACAGAGGUCAUGAACCUGCGGCUGCAGCAGCUGCUCGACCCCGCCGCAGACUACCCCGUAGUCGCCGAUCUGCGUGUCCCGGGAGCGAUCCAAAUUGCCGCAUCAGCCAUCGGUUCCGCCAUCCACCUCGCUCAGACCCUCAACGCAAACGCGCUGAUCGGCGUGGGCUACUCGGAGCCGACGACGGCGUUCGCGUCCGCGGCUCGGACGUUCGGUCUGCCCGUCUGCGAUGGCGCGUCCACCAGCCCGAGCCUCUCCGCCAAGGGCGCGUAUCCCAACUUCUUCCGGUUCCUCCCCAACGACAACAUGGCCGGGGAACCGAUCGUCGGGCUUGUGCACGCGCAGGGGUAUCGGCAGGUCGGGGUCGUGUACAGUGUCGACAGCUACGGCGUCGGGCUCUCGAACUCCGUGCGCGACUAUGCCGAGCGGUAUGGCGUCGCGUUGCUCACGAGCCAGACGUAUAUUCCCGGCACGGGCGAUUUCAAACCCGUCAUGGAUCAGAUCGAGGCGUCCGGUGCGACGAUCAUACUGUUCCUGGGCACCCAUAACGAUCUGCUGAGCAUCCUUGCGGAAGCCAGCACGCGCGGGAUGGUCGGCGCGGGGUAUCAAUGGAUCACGGGUGACGAUGCGCUCUACACCGAUGUGAACAAAAUCACUCCGGUGGAGAGGCACCUGCUGCACGGGGUAUGGGCGUCGUACCCCAAGGAAGGCACGGGGGUGGCAUGGGACGCCUUCCUUACCGACUGGCGCAAAACGCACGAUUUCGAUCCAUAUUCGUAUUCGCUUUUCUUCGCGUCCUGCAUCGAAUCGUUCGUCUGGUCCUACGACCACGCCCUCCGCCACGGCAAUGGCACGACCCUCGCCGCCCUCGCAUCCAACACCGUCCGGCUCGCAACACCGCACGACGUGAGCUUCCCUGACCGGCUGGGAGUGACGGGUCCGAAUUGGACGGGGAUUGAUGUCAAGGAGUUUCAUCAGUACACGACUCCUGUGUACUUCUCCGGAGCGGUGGAGAAGCCUGCCGACGCGCUGGAAAUCUACAAGGAGUACAGAACCGUAGCGUGGGGUUCGGGACUCGGGGUGUUUGUCGUCAUCGUUUGUGCGCUGAGCGUUCUCGCUGUUGGCGCCGUCGCGGCAUAUGUGCUUGCAAAUCAGCGAAGCAGUGUCUUCAAGCCGCUCAGCCCCUCCUUCCUCCUGACCACCCUCCUCGGAACCGCCAUCGCAUCCUUCUACCCGCUCACCCUCCUCGGCACGCCCACCAUCACAUCCUGCACAGCCUCCGUGUGGAUCCUCCCCGCCGCGCUCGGCUUGGUGCUGGGCAGCCUGCUCGUCAAGACGUACCGGUUGUUUCGCAUUUUCCGCAGUCAGGGCUUUGCGACCAAGAGUAUGCAGAACUCGAGGAUGUUUGUGCUGCUCGCGGUUUGUUUUGCGGUUUAUAUGAUGCUGGCUGUGGUAUGGACUGCUGUGGAUGCGCCGAAACCGCAGUGGCACUUGCAACAGAAAGUGAGCCGCACGCACCACAUCUUCGAGUACUACUGUCGUUCGGACUCGGAAACGCUUCAGUGGGUUUUCCUAGGCCUCACUUUUGCAUACACCAUUGGCUUGCUCAUCUACGGCGGGUUCUUGUGCUGGGUCAGCCGAAAUUUGCCAAAGAAGUUCAGGGAAAGCAAACCCAUCGGCACCCUCCUCUACACGUACAUCGGCAUCUUCAUCGCGCUCAUCGUCAUCCUCUUCGUCCUCGACCUGAAUACCAGCGGGUUGUCCGCCCUCAAGACGAUCGCCACCGGUGGGGUGGUGGGGUGCACGUUGGGCGUUCUGUUUAUCAAGAACUGUUACCUGGCGUGGGCCGAGAAGCAGAAGGAGAAGUCUGCGCCGCUGCUUGUUUCGGGCGUGGGGGGGACGUCGGAGAUAAGGGGGAAGGGCAAGGGCAAGGAGACCUCGAGCGUGGGUGGUGGUGGUGAUCAGGGUAACAGUAACUUGGCUGUGAAAGCUGGGUCUCGGCAUGCGACCAAGGUCGGUGCGGUGUUUGUAGCCUCCAAACAAUCGUUCAUGACGGUUUGGCUCCCGAAACAGUUGAUCCUUUAUGGCGAUAAAGGAUUCGCAUUGAUUGUCAACAGCAGCGAUAGUGAUCCGACAUUGAACAGUAACAUGCCCACCUGUCACUUCAUUAUGCUCUCAGAGUUUACAUCAAGCAUUCAAGCGUUGGAAACCAAACAACUUUACUGCCUGAAGCUCGCCCACAAGAAGGGCAAGACGGCCAACUUUAUGAUCCGAGUAGAAUCUGAGCAAGAGUUGGACGACUGGACGGCGAGACUGGCAAAAGAGUGCAGAUCGGCCGUGAACGGGACCAACACCAUUGGGGCCGGGGCGAUUGCGACGACUCAACGUGUCGCUGCUAUCAUGGAGUCGGCUACGGGGACGUCGAAUGGGAUGGACAAGGUGUAGGCGUUUUGACAUCUAAUCCCAACCCGGUAUUAUUGUUGAUAGAUUCCUCAUCAUCUAUAUCCUCAUGACCGGAUAUUAUGUAAGAUUAAUGUAAGAGCGUACUGUACGAGCGAG